AUGAGAAUAUUGGUGAUAUCUGUUAUUUCAAGAAUUAAAUUAUUAAGCCACAUAUAUAUUUCAAUUUCAUAUGGUGAAUUAAUAAAAAUUGGUAUUAUUGACCUUGAUUCGCCAACAUAUAAUGAAUUGUCUCUUUUAAACAAAUAUCAAAAUAAUCUCAAUGAUCUUAUUACAUCAUCUGAAAUUGAUGAAAGAAUAAUCAAAAGGAUUAAAAUCAUUUCCAAAUUAAAAACAUUUCCUGAAAGUGAACAAAUAUUAAAAAAGUUUUAUGCAAAUGAUAGUAUUUACAGCAAUGAUCUAGUAGAUUCAAUACAAUUUGCAUCAAGAGCAUUUACAGAAAAAUUAGUGCUGGUAGCUAAUAAACAAAGGAAAAAUGACCUUAAGUCUCAAAAUUCAGAUGCUUUAAAAGCAUUAAUACCAGACAUCAAAAUCAACUAUCUAACAAGGGAUACAGAAAUUUUAAUUAUAGAGCAAGCAAAAUAUAAAAUUGUUGACAAUAUAAAGAACUCAAAUGAUAAAUUUAAAGCAUGCAUUGAAAUGCAUGAUAUGUUAUAUCUUGUUGAAGAGUGUAUUUCAAAAGAUAACAAGUAUUUGCUAUAA